CCUGUUGGGAAGAUUAGCCAAAUUGCGUGUUGGUGACGGCAGUGGCAUGGACGCCUCUACUGCUACUGCCACCGAGACGAGCUCUCCCGUUCGGUUUGAUCUCCGAGAGCAUCCUCUCUCGAUCGUCUUCCCCGGCCUCCACGAGACGGUGCAACGCCGAUGCUUCAACCAUAGCAAUUCCGGGAUCUGCCUCUUGUUCAUGAACUCAUCGGUGGCGCUCCAUGUCCUCAGCUCCUACGGCUUGGAGCCUGAUGAUCUGGCCAGGCUCGAGGCAACGUGUUCCUUCUUCAGGCAGCACGGCGGGCUCCCCCCCGACGAGCGGCUGCCCCUCACCGAGCUUGCCGCCUUUGACAUGUGCCGAAGGAGGGUCGCAUUGGCCUCCAUGGCCGCGGCGGAGGAGGAGGCCCUCAAGCAGCGGUGCGGCGGCUCCUACAAGCUGCUCCUCAAGUAUCUGCUGGCCGGCGAAAGGGCAUGUGAUCGACGGGAGAAGUUUCAGGUGGUGGCUGGUCCUGGCUUCAGCAUCGCCGUCACCUCCAAUGGCGAGGUCCACACCUUCGGUCACAACCACUCAGGGCAGCUUGGACAUGGCACCUUGUCGAACGAAGAGAUGCCGCGGCUCAUCAGAUCACUGCAAGGAGUUCGCAUUGUUCAAGCAGCAGCAGGAGCAGAAAGGACAUUGCUGGUGACUGAUGCAGGCAGAGUCUAUCAAUGUGGGAAGAACUAUUUUGGGAUCCCGAUCUUAUCAAAUUCAACCUUUGAUAGUAUCAAGACGCCUGUGCUGUUGGAGUCUUUGAAGGACAUAUUUGUUGUCCAAGCAACAAUAGGACACUUCUUGACUGCCAUCCUCUCCAGAGAGGGAAGAGUGUACACCCUGUCUUGGGGCGUCGAUGGAAGAUUAGGUCAUGACACUGAUGCCACGGAUCGCACUCCCCGUCUUCUUUCGGGUGUUCUCGAGGACAAACCAGUGGUGCAGAUAGCUGCCGGCAACUGCUACCUCCUUGCUCUUGCUUUCCAGCCUAAUGGCAUGUGUGUGUACUCUUUAGGCUGUGGUUUGGGAGGAAAACUAUCACAUGGUUCGACGGACGAUGAGCACCACCCAAGGCUGAUUGCUCAUUUUGCGAUACUCAACCUGCAGCCUAUUGCGCUUUCAGCAGGUAGCUGGCACGCUAUCGCUUUGGGCAAGGAUGGACGCGUAUGCACAUGGGGAUGGGGAUACAAUGGCUGCUUGGGUCAUGGAGAUGAGGAUUACCAGAAUCUUCCCAAGGUGGUGAAAGGCCUGAGCCAUGUCAAAGCUGUACAUGUUGCAGCAGGCUUGUGCACCACUUUCGUGAUCACUGAGAAUGGUGAUAUCUAUUCAUUUGGCAGAGGAUCUGACUCAAAUUUAGGUUAUCCUCCUCAGUAUGGUCAUCGCCUAGAUCAGCUAACGCCAAAGUUGGUCACUUCACUCACUUGCGCUGGUGAAAAGAUCAUUCGGCUCAGUGCCACCAAGGAGCAUGAGGCAGCAGGGCAUACAUUUGCCAUGACAGAAUCAGGGAAGCUUUAUGCCUUUGGCAUGGCCAUUUAUGGUCAGCUUGGCAUCAAACUCCUACAGGGCCAGGAUGGGACGAGUAGCCCUCAAAGGGUUGAUAUUGAUCUCAGUUAA